AUGGCGGACCCAUCGCCCGCGCAUAUCGUUUCCGACGACAUCCUGAAAUCCGACAUCGAGCAGACGGAGCGGUUCUCCCCCGUCACCCCGAUCCCGGACGAGAAGCUGCUCGGCACCUCCUGGUUAUCCCGCGCUCGCAAUUGGAACACGGAACGCCUGGACGACUUCUACGCGGAGGCGUUGAGCAAGUACGGCGAAGACGGGGCAAUCGAUCCCGCGGAAGAGCGCAAGCUGGUCCGGAAGAUCGACUGGCUCGUCCUCCCCUGCCUCUCGGUCUGCUACGUCUUUUACUACGUCGACAAGACCACUCUAUCCUACGCGGCCAUAUUCGGCAUCAAGGACGAUCUCCACCUGAAAAGCACGGAAUACAGCUGGCUCUCGUCCAUCUUCUACUUUGGCUGGCUGGUGUGGGCCAUACCGUCCAACCUGCUCAUGCUCAAGUCUCCGAGCGGAAAGUACCUCGCGCUCAACAUCUUCAUGUGGGGCUUCCUCCUGAUGUGCCAGGCCGCAAGUCGCUCGUUCGUGCAGCUCGCCGUCCUCCGCGUGCUCUCCGGCGCUUUCGAAGCCAUCGCCGAUCCCGCGUUCAUGCUCCUCACCACCUCCUUCUACACCCGCCGCGAGCAGCCGCUCCGCAUCGCGACCUGGUACACCGCGAACGGGCUCGGCGUCGCCGGCGGCGGGCUGAUCGGCUACGGCAUCGGCCACAUCCGCGGCGGCACGCUCGCGAGCUGGCGGUACGAGUUCCUCCUCGUCGGCGCCGCGUGCACGCUCUGGGGCGUCCUCCUCUGGUUCGUCCUCCCGGACUCGCCGCCGACGGCGCGCCGGCUCACGCGCGAGCAGCGGCUCAUGGCCGUCGCGCGCCUGCGGAAGAACCAGACGGGGGUGGACACGAAGGAGUUCAAGGCGGAGCAGGUGAGGGAGGCGUUCUUACGGGAUCCGAAGACGUGGUUGUUCAUGUUUUUGGGAUUUGUGUCAAACGUGCCGAACGGAGGUGAGGAGACUCUCUCCCUAUCUAUCAUCAAAGGCCUUGGAUUCUCCGAGUUGCAGACAACCCUCCUCGGCAUCCCGCAAGGUGUGCUCGUCAUGCUCUGGAUCGGUUCCGCUGCCUUAAUCAACCGCAAGCUCCCUCGUAACAGUCGGACAUUCGUCUGCAUGGCAUAUAUGCUUCCCACCAUCGCAGGUUCUUUGGGGUUCCUGCUCCUGCCCCAAGGCGCAUCCGCUGGACGACUCGUGUGUUACUACCUCACGGGGUCGUAUCAGGCUGCAUAUGUGAUGGGUCUGAGCCUUGUCACGUCGAACACAGGUGGUCAGACGAAGAAGCAAAUCACGAGCGCCGUCAUAUGGUUCGGAGCGUGCAUCGGCAAUAUCUGCGGACCGUUCUUCUAUCGUACACAGGACGCACCACAGUACCGGCUCGGGAUUGGAUCGAUACUGGUCUCCAACUGCCUGACGAUCGUCGUCUACGUCAUCCUUCGCGUCUUCCUCGCGCAGGAGAACAGGAAGCGCGACCGCCUCGCUGCCUCAACCCAUACCGCGCUCGCGACACAAGACGAGAAGGGCUCAAGGAACGAUGCCCUCCCACACAUCAACGACACGGCGUUCUCGGACCUGACCGACAGGCAGAACGUAAAGUGA